CUACACUACCAGUCUACUCCAGCGUGUAACUGUAACGCCCACGGCUCUCGGGAAGCGGGAAUGGUGCUCGUCGGACUCUUCAUAUCGGCGACGAAGCUCGCCGGAGUCCUCGUGACGCUCUCGGUCGCCGCCAACGCUUUUUCCUACAACCGUUACCGCAAGAAGAAUCUCAAGCCUUUCGAUUCUCCCAUUGACGAGUCCUCCGAUACUCUCGCCGUCUUCGACGUUAAUCCUGCCGAAGGUGAGAAAGGGUUCUUCUUCGGAUUGGCAACUGCACCAGCACAUGUGGAAGACAGGCUUAAUGAUGCUUGGCUCCAGUUUGCUGAAGAGACUCCUUGUGAACAAUCAAAAUCAAAUAAUGAAUCCCAACUAGCAGAUGCACUAUUGGCCUCUGCUACAGGUGAUGGUGGCACCCAACAAGCUUCAGUACUACCUAGAGCAGCUUCUCAGACCAUAAAAAGAAGGAAGUCACUUAAGAUAGCUAUGGAGGCAAAAAUUAGAGGAUUUGAGAAGUACAUAGAAGUAGAAGAAUCUGUGCCUGCCGAGGCAUGUCAUCAUACUGUUGCUGCCUGGCAUAAUGUUCCACACCCGGAGGAAAGGCUAAGGUUUUGGUCUGAUCCUGAUACAGAAUUGAAGCUGGCAAAGGAUACUGGAGUCCAAGUGUUUAGGAUGGGAAUUGAUUGGUCAAGAAUUAUGCCUGAAGAGCCCAAGAAUGGUCUAAAAGAAUCUGUCAACUAUGCAGCUUUGGAGAGAUAUAAAUGGAUUGUAAAUAGGGUGCGAUUUUAUGGGAUGAAGGUAAUGCUGACAUUAUUCCAUCACUCGCUUCCACCAUGGGCUGGAGAAUAUGGGGGGUGGAAGAUGGAAAAGACCAUUGACUACUUCUUGGAAUUUACCAGGCUUGUUGUUGACUCUGUAUCAGAUGUUGUGGACUACUGGGUAACAUUCAAUGAGCCUCAUGUGUUCUGUAUGCUCACUUAUUGUGCUGGUGCUUGGCCUGGUGGUAAUCCUGAUAUGCUGGAGGUUGCUACUUCUGCUUUACCCACUGGUGUUUUCAAUCAAGCCAUGCACUUGAUGGCAAUUGCACACUCAAAGGCCUACGAUUACAUCCAUGAAAGGAGAGGAUCUGGAACACUAGUGGGAGUCGCACACCAUGUCUCAUUUAUGCGUCCAUAUGGACUUUUUGACAUUGCUGCUGUCUCAGUUGCUAAUUCCUUGACUCUUUAUCCUUAUCUGGAUGCUAUUUCUGAGAAGCUGGAUUAUAUUGGGAUAAAUUACUAUGGACAGGUAAUGCCCUAUAGUUACCUAGAAACCCUGACAUUUCUCCAAUUUGGGCCAGUGGGUACUAAGUUGAUUUUUUUUUCCCCUUUUAAUUUCCAGGAAGUUGUAUGUGGUGCUGGACUGAAGCUUGUGGAAACUGAUGAGUACAGUGAAUCGGGCCGGGGGAUUUAUCCUGAUGGCUUGUAUAGGGUUUUGCUUCAAUUCCAUGAAAGAUACAAACAUCUUAAUGUGCCUUUCAUAAUCUCGGAGAAUGGUGUUUCUGAUGGAACAGAUGUAAUUAGACGACCAUAUAUGUUGGAACAUCUGUUGGCAGUUUUUGCGGCCACUCUAGCAGGUGUCCCAAUACUUGGUUACUUGUUUUGGACAAUUUCUGAUAACUGGGAGUGGGCUGAUGGCUAUGGUCCGAAAUUUGGACUUGUAGCAGUUGACCGUUCCAACAAUCUUGCCAGGAUUCCACGCCCUUCAUACCAUCUGUUUUCCAAGGUUGUCACAUCAGGUAAAAUCACACGGCAGGAUAGAGAGAAUGCUUGGAAUGAACUUCAAAUUGCAGUAAAAGAGAAAAAAACAAGGCCAUUUUAUCGCUCUGUGAACAAACAUGGUUUAAUGUAUGCAGGAGGUCUUGAUGAGCCUAUAUGGCGACCAUAUAUUGAACGCGAUUGGCGAUUUGGACACUAUGAAAUGGAAGGUCUACAAGAUCCAUUGAGCCGAUUUUCACGAUACAUUCUCCGGCCCUUCUCAAUCAAGAAGAAAUCUAAAUCCAAGACAGUGAAUGAGGAAGCCACUCUUGAGCCUCUAAUGCAGAGCCUUUGAUGCUCCUGCAAGAAAUUAUUAUGAAAAUUCCAUCACAUUUCUUCCGGUGAAGUUAGAGCAAGGAAUGAGACUUGGUGAAUUUACUGUUCUUCUAGUCACCGCUGGAAAGAUGUCGUUCAAGAUAUAGUCAGAAAUGUCCCUGGAUGGAGAAGGGUUGAAUGUAUUAUGGAAUCAGUAAAUGGAAAACAUGAUGAUAUUCAUAUUCUGUCAGAUUGUAUAUAGCUUCGAACUGCGAUUAUCAACUCUGUAUCUUGCAUUGUUAUUCGGCAUCAGAAAAAAUCAACUGUAAUUUACUCGCA